UUCCCAUCCCUUUUUCCCAUAACAGUAUGGUUCAUCCUGCAAUUAUUGCCGCUAUCGUAGGCGGCGUAGUAGUUGCUGGAGUGGUUACUUAUUACUUCAUCGAUGAACAUUACAACCGCGAAUAUGACUUUGUUGGUGCAACACGGCGCCCACGAUACCACACUGUCUCAGACUCCGACUCUUCCGACGAGGAAGAAGGGUUCAAUCCACGAUCGAUACUGAAGAAAGCUGGCUUUAGGCGGCGCCGUCCGUAUCAAACGCAUGAUUCUCAAAACGAAACGAUUGGCAUGGUAAGUGAAGGAAUACCGUCAUAUUCAUGAUGACGUCGGCGGCCAGCCACUCUUGUGGAGUAUAUUUCGUUAAUCCCCAGCCUUAAAAUCGAUUUAUUGUUUAGGUGGAACGAGAUGUAAAACACCCAGCUACUUCAAAAGAU